AUGUCACCCCAUCACGACGCACCUUCUCCUGCAGGCAGCUACACUCCUGAGUCUGCCUUUCACCACGCUGUCCAACCCGCCUACACAAUGACCCGGUAUACAGACUUCGACAACAGCUCAAUUGAGUCCACUGACGUGGGUCUCCACCGAUCCUUGAUUCCUGGCAUCUACGUUCCUACUGUUGCCUUCUUCGAGCCGUCAUCAGAUAAUGUAGACGUCGAGACAACAGCCAGCCAUGCCGUUCGUCUAGCAAAGGCUGGCGUUGCUGGUAUCACUACUCAAGGAUCCAAUGGCGAGGCCGUUCAUCUCUCGCACAAGGAACGCAACCUUGUUACCAGCACCACUCGCAAGGCUCUUGAUGACGCAGGGUUCGGCGAUAUGCCUAUCAUUGUCGGCUGUGGCGCCCAAUCAACACGAGAGUGCAUUGAACUCUGCGCAGAGGCAGCCUCCGCUGGCGGAGACUAUGCUUUGGUGCUUCCUCCUGCGUAUUACCAGGGCCUGUUCUCGAAAGACACGGUCAAAGAAUUCUUCCGCGACGUAGCCACUGCCUCGCCAAUUCCUAUUCUUAUCUACAACUACCCUGGUGCUGUUUCAGGCAUGGACCUCAACUCCGACGUCAUCAUCGAGUUGGCUCAACAUCCCAACAUCGUCGGCUGCAAGCUGACCUGCGGAAACACUGGAAAGCUCAACCGCAUUGCAGCAGCGACCCGAGCAGCCACUGUCUCUGAACCCGGAUCCGGCUUCAUGUGUAUGGGUGGAUCUGUUGAUUUCACUCUACAAACACUUAUUGGCGGUGGAUCUGGCAUCAUCGGCGGCAUGGCCAACAUCGCACCCAAGGCCUGCGUCAAGCUCAUUGAGCUGUUCGAGGCCGGUAAGCUUGCUGAGGCCCGCAAGCUCCAGGCUGUAGUAGCCAGGGGCGACUGGGCCGCCAUUCAGGGCGGUAUCAUCGGCACGAAAGCAGCCCUCAUGGCUCACUUCGGCUACGGAGGUUAUGCCCGCAAGCCUCUUCCCAGGCCUUCCAAGGAAGAGACUCAACGAUGGCGAGAUGCAUUUGACGAGCUUGUCAAGGUUGAGAACUCUCUUUGAACCCACUCAUUUGUUGAACAGAGUGAGACCACCUCACUUCCGGAUUUGACGAACAAAAUCGCGUAAAAGUUCGCCACGCCACGUUUUUAUUUCUUUGGCUCCAAAUGUAGCUUCGCAUUGCCGUCGGCGUUGAAGUCCUUUGGCAUUAUUUGGAUGGAGUUAUUUCAUUUCAUAGUCUCAUUUUUUUCUCUUUCUCUUCAACAGUCAUGCCGGAUCUUUGGAAAAGCAGUCGCUUCCAACAUCUAAAAACCAAAGUUUGAAGUCCGUGUAGGAUCACGGCUUUAUUUUCCUGACGUAGACAUGUCAAUGGGCGGAUAUCUUGUCUUUUAGCGAUAUCAGUAUGUACAACCAAGCUUCGCAUCGUCGAUGAAAUGAAUACUUGAUCAACAA